UAUUUUGAAAGACAGUUGACGUCACUGGAGACGCGGUGCCUUACGUCCGAAGCACGCCGCAGGCUUUCAACGCGAUGUGGAAAAUAGCAAUGUCGGAUGAGGUAGGCAAGGCGCUACAGUCGGUGGUGCAGCGGGUGAACCAGGCGGCCUCCCGACGACCCAAGACGUUACCUGCUGUGCCACCCCGACUCGUUGCAGUCAGCAAAACCAAACCGCCGGAGAUGGUCGUGGAGGCCUACAACCAAGGCCAGCGUAACUUUGGAGAAAAUUACGUUAAUGAACUUGUAGACAAAGCUUCAGAUCCGAUGAUUUUAGAAUCAUGCCCAGAAAUCAAGUGGCAUUUCAUUGGCCAUCUACAGAAGAAUAAUGUCAACAAACUCUUGGGUGUGCCAAAUUUGUUCUUGGUUGAGACCGUUGACUCGGCGAAAUUGGCCGACAAGGUCAACAGUUCAUGGCAGCGAAUUAGAGGAGUUAGCACGCAGCGGUUAAAGGUCAUGGUGCAAAUCAACACCAGUGGCGAACAGAGUAAAUACGGCCUCCCACCGGAGGAAACAGUCAAUACUGUGAAGCACAUUGUGCUAGAAUGCACCGCGCUGCAGUUCUCAGGACUCAUGACCAUUGGGCGCUACGGCUACAACCUCUCACUGGGCCCAAAUCCAGACUUUCAGAUGCUUCUGAGUCAGAGACAGAAGGUUUGCGACACUCUAAAGCUGCCUCUGGAGGAGGUGGAGCUAAGCAUGGGUAUGUCCACAGAUUUUGAACAUGCGAUUGAGGUGGGCUCAACUAACGUGCGGGUGGGAAGCAUCAUCUUCGGCAACAGGGAGUAUCCCAACAGCGCAGCCAACACGCCGAUUCCCAGUCCUGCCCCCAGUCCGGCUCCCAGCCCGGAGAAAACAUCCAAGCAGGUAUCAGAAGAGGCUGCCAAGAAAAUGCAGCACCUGACAGUCUGAAUCUGAACACUAUGAAGUGCUUUUUUUGUUAAUUUCCAUUGAAAAGGAAGCAAAGUUGUGCAAGCUAGAUCAGCGGUACUAUUCACACACACUGGUGUAGAAUUGCCAAAAAAUUGCAUAUUUUGAAAAUUGUUUUAACUUUCUAAAAAUCUUUUUGUCAAAAAAAAAAAAAGUUAACCAGUUCUACCUAACUAUUGUUAAUAAGCCGUGGUACUUUAAGCUAUACUAAGUUACAAGACAACCAUACACAUGAUAAUUUUCUUUACAUAAGCUAUAUUUUUUUUCUUGUGUUGUGUUCAUUUGUACAAGUCCAACCCAACUUGUGCUUGACAGUGAUGUCUUACAAAUGUACCUGUUUUGCUGUGCAGGUGAAGCAAAGACUUGUCAAAACACUCUAAUUCCCUAAGUACUUUGUGUAUUUUAGUGGUUUUCAUGACUCAUUCACUUUGUAGGUGCAAAUCCAAGAGUGAAUCAGAGGGAAUGCUGUGCAAGCAGUAGCUGUGUUGUAAGGGGAUCUAUGCAACAUGGUUUUCUUUUCAACAUAGCUGGAUGCUAAGGUUGUAGCAGUUGAUCUGUCUCCGUUAUUCAGGCAUUAGUCUAUUAUUUAUUGUGGAAAUAGUGUCUCUAAGAGAGCAUUUAAACAUUGGUUAGCAUAUCGCUCUGAGACACCUAAGCAGAGCAAUAAACUCUUUUACAAAUAUCUCCAUUGCCAGUGUUUUUCAUGUAGAUAGGUUGGUGAAGUGGUACUUUAAAACUUGUUGAAAAAUAAUAAGACCAAAUUUCUUUAUUAACCAUGGGGAAGUGACAAGACUUUGAAGGAACAUUUUAUGGUCAGCUGCAGUGCAUCUCAGGAAUUUGAGAUUCAAAUGGAACUUCUAUGAACAGCAAAAAUCUAAAACCGCAACGCGAAAAAUCCAAACAUAUGGCUUAAUCAGGUGUUUCCCCUUUCCAGCACUGGUGUAUUU